GUGUCAUUUAUACCAAUUAAAAAUUUUACUUUAUUAAUUUAUGAAUUAAACAUAAUUAAUUUUAAUUUUUUCAUCUUCUUCUUCCUCUUCUUCUUUCUCCUCAUCCUUACCCUCCUCUUCUUCUUCACCCUCCUCUUCUUUUUCAGAAUCAUCUUCAUCAUCUUGGGUUCCUCGUGGAACCCAGUGCGGGGUUCACAAGGAACCCAGAUCUGGGUUCCUCAUGAAACCCAACAUUGCGUUAGCGAGGAACCCAGAGCUGGCUAGCUUGGAUCAAAACGGGGAGGACGGGGAGGACCACGGCAAUCUCCGGUUGGGGCAGCCGGAGCUGUACAAGCAAGCUGAUAGGGACGAUCCCAAAGCUCUCCUUGAUGGCGUCGAUGUUGAUGGACUUGUUGGAAUCUUGCGCCAAUUAGGCGAUCUCACUGAUUAUGUUUCUCGCGUUCUUAUUUGAUUUUGCUCUUCAAUUUUGGGGAUUGAUGGUGUUUCUAGUGUUGCAUGAAAAAUUUUGGAAAUUGAUUUUUGUUUUAAUGUUGAGUUUCAUAGUAUGUAUAGAUUGAACUCUGAAGAAUGUGAGGAUUGAUUGAACUGCAGGGGAAGAAUUUAGGCAA